GGUUUUUACAGCUCGAUGCUCGGACUGAUCUGGACCUGAUGCUCGUCCAAUCAGGACUCAGACACAGCUCACGACUCGCUAACGGCUUUCUAACGAACUAACGAACCAAACGGAGUGAGGACAGAACUCUGCAGGAUCUCAGUGCAGAAACAAACAUGGAGGAGAAGUGAACGGAGGAUCUGGAUUUUUACUUUUCUUCUAUGUCUGGAUAAAAACUUUAAAACGUUGGAACAAAUAUGCAGAUUUGGUCACUUUAUCUGUACAGAAACUAAUCUCUGGAUUCUGAUGUUGUUCUGCAUCUUUACAUUUUUAUCACAACUUGGUUUUCUUUGGAAGGCGUCUGAGCAGUUUUACUUGGAGAGAAGAUUUAUGAUUGAAGUCAGAUCUGUUGGUUCUGGUUGACGUUGAUUUUUUGAUAAUCUAUUAAAUCAGAGGAUUGAAAGUUCUUGACGCCGCAGCUUCAGAGUCGAGUAGGAGGAGUUCAGACUCUUUGUGGAUUGUGUCGAGUUUCACUGAGACACUGAAGCUGCCUCCUUCAGGUUCAGGUUACCUGAGAGUCACUGAGGACGUGCAGCAGCGGAGAGGAGGGGACAGGGUGCGGAGGUCCUUAUCAGUUCUCUGGAAAUGUGACGUCCACUGUGAGAGGGCGGGAUCCAGAGCAGAGGUGAACCAGGUGAGACGGAGAGAGUGAGAGGAUUAUACAAACACAACGGCAGAUUAAAACGGAGCUGAUGAGCUCUGUUCAGCCGGGAGGAAUCGUUUGGACAGGAACACAGAGUUCUUCAGGAGAUGUCUGGAUCUGCUCCCCUGGACUUCGUCUCGCUCCGUCUGGAUCAGGAUGAAGCCAAAACUCUGAGUCUGAGCUGAGCAGCAGGUGAACUGGACCCGAGGGACAGGGGCAUGUACGUCCUGUGCACCCUGGCAGUUCUGACCCUCCACAGCCUCUUCAAGAGCCUUAACAAGGCUGUGGAGCCCGACAGGACCUCAGAGGCUGCUGAGCAGGAAGGUCAUCUGCAGGAUGGGGGCGAUGCUGAGCUCUGCAGAGUGCCCAGGACUCCGGGUCGAGGAGACGAUGUCAUGAAGAAGGUGGACAACAGAGGACAGAGGAGCUGCAGAGCUGAAGGGAAGAGGACGCGAGGAGGAGGCAUGUGUAACGUCCCCGUCAACAGGACACAAGUUCAGCCGGUCCAGCGGUCCAGUGCUCUGCUCUGUCCGUCGGUCAUGUUCGGAACAAGAAAGACCUGGGACCUCGGCCACGCCCCCUGCCUACAGGAGCUCUGGAAGAAAGACAUCUCAUUGGACGCGAGCUCACUGGACUUCCUGAUGAGUGAUGGUGAGGACGACAACUCCUUCCUAUCUCUGCCCAAAGCCACCUUCUCACAGCGCCCCUCUCUGACCGCAGAGCUGACCGAAACAAGCGCACCCAGCCAGCAGCUGCUCAUCCAGACUCUACAGGACAAAGUGUGUGAGUUUCAGUCUCGUCUUCGCUCUGAAGAAGUCACUCGUCACCUGCUCGUCCAGCAGCUGCAGCAGCAGAGCGUCCAGGAGAAGUGUGGAGGAGGCGGGACUGUGGGAGGAGUCCAGGCGCCGGGGGAGGAGCGUCUGUCAGCGCCGCCAAACGGUGAACAACCUUCAGAGUGUUUCAGCCGUCAAGAAGAGCAGCUCGUUAUUCGGCUGCGCACACAGGUGGAGGAGCUGGAGAAGAAGCUGUUGGAUCAGACUCAGGAGGUGGAGAGACUUCGCUCAGAGCUGGGGGCGACAGACCUGGAGAAGCAGCUGGAGCUGCUGGAGGUGGAGAACGAGCGUCUGAAGCAGGAGCUGAAGUCAUGGAGGAGCUCAGAGCUUCAGAAGCUCGGCGCUGCAGCAGAGACGUGCAGCUGCAGCCACUGCCCCCACAGCCAGGAGGCAGACUCCCUGCGCAGGGAGGUGUCGCGCUGGGAGAACCAGGCCCGGCAGAGGGAGCGUCGUCUGGCUGAGCUGGAGCGAGAGCUGCUGGAGAAGAGCUCCAGGGUGGAGGCUCUCCACCGACAGCUGGAUGACUCCACCCGGCAGCUGGAGGAGUCGAGGCAGAGGCAGGAGGAGGCUGAGGGGAAACUCGCUCUGCGACUGCACGAGUGCGAGCAGGAGACGGCCAGACAGGCUGCAGCGCCCUCUAGGGUCAAGUACGUGACUCAGACGGUGGAGGUGGAGUCGGCCGACUCACAGAAAGCUCUGGUUGAGAUGCAGAUGAAGAACGCCGCCCUGCAGGAGCAGCUCUCUCUCCAGAGGCAGCUGCUGAGGGAGCUGGAGACGCAGCUGCACGAGUCUCAGAGAACCUGCGCUCAGCUCCGCACGCAGAUCCUGGUGUACGAGGGAGAGAUGGAGCGAGCGCAGGGUCAGCUGGAGGUGGAGAUGCAGAACCUGGAGGAGGAGAAGAACCGAGUGAUCGAGGAGGCGUUCAUCAGAGCCGAGAGCGAGAUGAAGGCCGUGCACGAGAACCUGGCAGGAGUGCGUAUGAACCUGCUCAGUCUGCAGCCGGCUCUCAGGACUCUCACCUGCGACUACAACUGUCUGAAGCGGCAGGUGCAGGAGUUUCCCUUCAUGCUGGACAAAGCCAUCACCGAGGCGAAGCAGGAGAUCUGUCAGGUGAUCAGCGAGGUGAGCAGCACCAACCAGGAUCUGCUGCGUAAAUACAAGCGGGAGAUGAACCUGAGGAAGAAGUGUCACAACGAGCUGGUUCGACUCAAAGGUAACAUCCGUGUUUUCUGCCGCGUCCGCCCGGUGAGUCAGGAGGAGCAGGACGCCGCCGACGCCAAAACCAUGUUGAGCUUCGACUCGGAUGACGACGCCGUCCUCUACCUCUCCAGCAAGGGCAAGAUGAUGACCUUUGAACUGGACAAAGUGUUCCCUCCUCGGGCCACGCAGGCGGAGGUGUUUCAGGAAGUGCAGUCUCUGGUCACUUCCUGUAUCGACGGCUUUAACGUCUGCAUCUUCGCCUACGGACAGACCGGCUCUGGAAAGACCUACACCAUGGAGGGCGUGGUGAACGACCCCGGCAUCAACCAGCGGGCGCUGCGUCUGCUCUUCUCCGAGGUGACGGAGAAAGCUCCAGACUGGGACUACAAGAUCAGCGUCGGCAUGGUGGAGAUCUACAACGAGACGCUGCGGGACCUGCUGGGCGAGAACCCCACGGACAAGCUGGACAUCAAGAUGAACCCUGACGGCAGCGGACAGCUCUACGUCCCCGGACUGACUGAGUUCCCUGUGCAGAGCCCGGAGGACAUCAACCGGGUGUUUGAGUUGGGUCACAUGAACAGAGCGACGGCCUGCACCAACCUGAACGAACACAGCUCUCGCUCACACGCUUUGCUCAUCAUCACCGUGUGUGGGUUCAACGCCGCCACUGGAAACCGCACACAAGGUAAGCUGAACCUGGUCGACCUGGCGGGCUCGGAGCGGAUCGGGAAGUCGGGGGCGGAGGGCAGUCGCCUCCGAGAGGCUCAGUGCAUCAACAAGUCUCUGUCGGCGCUCGGUGAUGUCAUCAACGCGCUGCGGAGCAGACACGCCCACGUCCCGUUCAGAAACUCCCGCCUCACCUACCUGCUGCAGGACUCCCUGAGCGGGGACAGCAAGACGCUGAUGAUGGUGCAGGUUUCUCCGUUGUCUAGCAACAUCAGCGAGUCGGUGUGCUCUCUGAAGUUCGCUCAGCGCGUUCGCAGCAUCGAACUCAGCUCGUCGUCCAGGAGACACGAGACCUCGUCCACCUCGUCCUCGCCCACGCACGACAGCAUCGAGCUCGACUCCCCCCCGAUCACCCCCCUCCCUCUCCCCAUCUCUCGGGCGAGCAGCGCAGGCUCCACCCUCUCCUCCGCCUCCAGAACCCUGAGCGGCUCCCGCAGGAGGUCCCAGUCCCAACUGUCCACAGGACGACUGAAGAUGACGGCCUGAGCGACCCGGAGGUGGCGCUGUGGGACGUCCGGUUCUGACUGGGGGGUGUCGGCCAACACCCUGAGGAUUUUAUCAUCGCGUCACCGCUGGAUGUAUUACCGCCCUCUACUGGUGGAAAGAGAAGGAGCAAAGGCUGAUGGGAAGUUUCCGUGACCCUCUGUCAGCAGAGAACCCGGCCAAACGCUUUAUUCCCCGUGUCGUCCUCCAGCUGAAUCAACUCCAUCUUUACUCAUCCUCCAGAAACCAGUACAUGCUUUCUAAUCACAGUAUUUCCUUUAUUGUUUCUUUGUAACAUUGCACUUUAUAAAUUUAGGUUAUUUUCUAUCCCACAAUUCCAGAUGUGGUUGAUUUAUAAUAUAUGCAUAAAAUGGUUAUAUAUUUAUGUUUGAUAUGCUUUAAUCCUUUUUUUUUAAUCUAGACUUUUUUCUUUUUGACGGAUGAUGCAGGAUGUGUGAUAUUUGAGGUUUGUCCUAAAAGGAAGAUUUCUUGAAUCUCCCCCCCCCCCCCCCCCCCCCCCCACACACCUCCGAUCAGGGUACUCCACUGAAGCUGUCCGUCGGGACCUGAGCAAUACGAGCAAAUCCUCACCCGUGUUCAUGAUUGUUUUUGAUCUUCUCUUCCUGUGGAUGAUUUUGAGCUUAAAAUAAACUUCAUGAUCCUUCAGCUCAUUGAAAUCAAAGACUUCUCUUUCCUCGACUGUUUCCUCUCGGUGUCGACCUCCGACUGAACAGACGUGUGCUGAGUGACGUGAUGCAGGAGAACCGUUAGUUGUAGAGAACAGGAAACGCUUAGAGCCGCAAUGAGCUGCUGUGUGUUGAGCUGAUGAUGAACACGUCUGCUUGCUUUGUCUCCGCUGUAGAAUUCUACAGUUUGGAUUUUGUAUUCACUUUUUAAUAAACUCUUCAAAACCAA